CGGUUUUUGGAUUACAAACCCAAGGUGAAAUCCCCGAAAGCCCCCCUCCUUCCUUCUCUCUCACUGCAACAGUAGGCUAUUUCUUUCAGACGCCUUGAAGUUGGAGCUUUCGAUCUGACCCGCCAGUAUUUUCGGACUUCGAACUUAACAUAACUCAUGGAUUCUGAACUUGGUGAGGAUAUUCAUGAUGGGGUAUUAGAUAAUUCAACUGAUAUUGAUCAUGAACUUGGUAAUGAUACUGUAACUGUAGGAAGUAGUUCCAUUGAGGAGACAUCUCAUGUGGGACAAAAUGAAGAAAUGACACAAAAGUCUUCAAAAGAGAAGUCAAAUGUAGUUGAAGGGGAUGAACCAUAUGUGGGUCAGGAGUUCGAUACCGAGGAAGCUGCACAUGCAUUUUAUAGUGCGUACGGCAUGCGUGUUGGUUUCGUAACUCGAAUGAACUAUCUGUCUCGCUCGAAACUUGAUGGAACCAUUAUUGGACGGACACUUGUUUGUAACAAAGAGGGCUAUAGGAAGUCUUACAGAUGUGACAAGCAGAGUACAAAGCCACGGACUCCCACCAGGGUAGGCUGCAAGGCAAUGCUGUCAAUAAGGAAGCUAAGUACUGGGAAAUGGAUUGUUACAAAAUUCAUCAAGGAGCACACUCACUCCUUGGCUGCCAGAUACAGCCAAAAUGUAUUGAUCAGUCAUCAAGUUCCGAAUGAAACCAUGAAGAUUCAAGAAUUAACUCAACAGCUUCUUCUUGAGAGAAAGCGUUCUGCUUCAUUUAGAAAGGUUAUAGACCUUCUGUUCAAUCACAUUGAGGAGCACACACAGGACCUAUCAAGAAAGGUUCAGUGCAUGGUUGACAAGGUAAAGCAGAUUGAAUCUGAUGGAAAAGACUAUAAGAACCUUAGAUAAUAUUGGCAUUGAUAUGUAAACUGUGUAUAUCAAAAUUAGCUUCAUAUUUUUAUAAUGAAAACUGUUAAUUACGCAACCUUGAGUAUGAAUGUACAUGGAUUUUACGCUGCCUGCAUCUUGAAAAUUGAAAAGUGUGUAAAGCUAUUUCUAUUGUC